UAGUCUUUUAUGCCAAAUUUAUACAUUGAAUAACUCUUGCCUAAAAUUUUUGCAUUUACUAUUUGAAUAAGUUUAACAAUGACUAAAGCCAAAGAAAAGUCUCGACCAUAUGAGUGUGGUGAUUGUGGUAAACGAUUUUUAGGAAAAAAUGAUUUGCGCAAACAUAGUAGAACUCAUUCAGGUGAACGACCCUUUGCUUGCAAUGAUUGUGGUCGCAGGUUUAGACAGGCAGUAGCUUUAAGAAAUCAUAUAACUUGCCAUCAUUCUAGUAGUUUGGACGAGAAAACUGAACUAUUUAUUUGUGAAUAUUGUAAAAAGAUUUUUCCUUUAAAAGAAAGACUUCGUUUACAUCUCCGAGUCCAUACUGGUCACAAACCUUAUCAGUGUCCUAAUUGCCCUAUGCGUUUUGCUCGUGGUGGUCAACUCAAACAGCAUUCUUAUACUCACUCAGGUCUGAGGCCUUAUAAAUGUAAACAUUGUGCUGCUACAUUUACUACUUCGGGUAAUUUAAAGCUCCAUGUUAACAGACAUUUAGAAGUUCGAGAUUAUACUUGCCAUCAGUGCGGGAAAAGCUUUAUAAGGCCAGAUGCACUGAGAAAGCAUUUGACUUGUUUUCAUGAAAAUGUUAAGACAUUUCAUUGUGAUAUUUGUAAUAAAGAAUUCAAAGGGCAUCUUCCACAGCAUUUACGUACACAUUUUCAAGAGAAACCACAUGGCUGUUCUGCUUGUGGAGCUACAUUUGCUCAAAGAUCUCAUCUCAUAGUUCAUCAAAGAACUCACUCUGGAGAGAAGCCCUAUCGAUGUCAGGUUUGUUGGAAAGCAUUUGCACAUUCAACAGCUUUGCGUUUGCAUAUUCGCAGACACACUGGUGAAAAACCUUACAGGUGCAAAUUGUGUAAAGAGAAUACUGUAGCAUUUUCACAAUUGCCCCAUUUGAAAAAGCACAUGCUUUGUAUUCACAAGACUAAUAAACCAUAUGUUUGUGAUAACUGUGAAGGAUUUUUUCGUACCAAAAUUGAUUUGAAUGAACAUGCUUCAGAAUGUAAAAAAGAAGAAUCAAUAGAUGAAGAAGCCUGUAGAACCCCUAUGGCCUUAGAAAAAAUGCGCUUGCUUUUAUCUAUUUUACUACAAAGGAUAUCAUCACCAGACAAAUUGCAAAAACUAGGUUUCAAUAAAAAUUUAAUUGAUGAUGUCCUUAUAGCUUCUAUAAAGUCUUCAGGUCGAGAGCCUUGCAUUGAAUCAAAUAUCAGCCAGGCUGAACGUUUGAAACGUAAUGUACAAAUUUUACUAGAUUGGACAGUUCCUAAACAAUACAUGGAGGAAUUUCGAAAACAACAACGAAGUACUGAAGAAUUACUACAGGAACUUACCAGUUGAAUUCAUAAGAUUUGCAAUAUUUAAUAUGGG